AUGGUUGCUGAAGAAACACCUGCCUCCAAAUACAGCACUUCGGUGGUUCCCGAGUCUCCAGGAAACCCAGAGGGAAACAGCAAUAUCUCCGGCACCACAUUCUUACCACAGGACUCGUCGCUUGAAGACGACGAGACCGAUCCCAUCGUCAUUGUUGAUGAACUUUCUGAUCUUCAAUCUGCUGCCACCCGGUUGAUGGACCUUUUUGUCUCCGAUGCUUCCGACCCUAGGAACAUUGUGGAGGCUGCGAAGCGACUCACCGAUCCGCGAAAUACUCAGAGCAAACGCUUGAAACCAGCCACUAACAAGCUCAUCAAUGCGAUGAAGGGUUUCAGCAGACAAGCCUUUAUUGAUGUUGCAGAAAUCAAGCAGUUGAUUCCUUCGGUGCAGCCUGAAGAAACUAUCCAUCCAUGGAGUCCAUCGCCAAUUCUGCAUCAAGCCAACUGUGCGCGGCUGGCUCUCGAUGUGCUUUUGGCAACCCUUGGGUCUCAGUCCCCUCGUCGGGCGAUCGAAAGACUCGAAAGCCAGUUUCCUGCCCCUUUCAUGGAUGCCAUAGUAAAAAAGUCUCAGUCCAAGCCUAUUGGAGCGAGCACUGCUGAAAAGCAAACAUUUGAGCUUGCGCUUGAAAUUCGUACACAGUACUUCAUCUUGGAGCUAGAAAGGCGUCAGAAUGAAAAAGACUUUGACCCGCGAGCAAUCCUGAAUGGGGUCUUCUAUGAUGAGCUGGCUCUUGAAGACGUCGAUUCAAAGCUUGAGCCGGGCUUCCUUCGGGGAUUCAAUCUUGCAGAUACCUUUGAGGACGAAAAUGGAUGUCUUCCCGAUCGCUUCCAGGAUGAUGUGAUUGACCGUAUGGGCGAACUGGAGUACGACCUGCUUGCCCACGAGGAUUCUCCUCAAAUCCAAGAACUGAAACGGACGUCGUGGACCCGUUUCGUUCAGCGCACCGCGCGCUUCAUCCACACACGAAACAAAGAAAUCAAAUCAGAUUUGCUACAACAACCAAAAUUGGAUGAAGUUCACGAUUUGUUGAUGAAGGAGAUUGAGCGUCGCGAGAAUGGGACUCCUGAAAACCCCAACCCUCACGAGUCAGCAGUUCCUGCCUCGGUUGAACAUUUAGUGCAUAAGUCUCCAGUGCAACCGAACCGGCAGUCUCCACGUGAGACAUCAACCACCGUGUCGCCAGAGCGAACAAGGCAGCCUCUCGGCGAGUCCAACUUGCCCUAUUCCAGCCCUGUCAGUCAACCCGCAAAGAAAUCACAUAAGAAUUCGGAGCGGCGCGAAUCUGCAAAAAUAUCCCGCAUGUUGACUAGCUCUCUCGAUUCUCUCGCAAAGCGCAAGGAGACAAUUCUUCACAACCAAGACCUGUCGCACUUGGAGUCUCAACAUACAAGCCGACUGUCUACUACGAGUGAGCACACAAGUUCUCAACUGCCAGUGUCGCGGACACGCGACGAGAUCCCUCCAUCCCCUGAGCCGGCAUCCUCUCAGCCGAGAUACCCCCGUCGCGAAAGUGUUGCUUCCGACGAUCAGGACUUGAAUUUCCGCAACGAUGAUGAGACUCUGAACCUCGACACGCUGGAGAACGAAGCCGAAGCGACCGCCAGUCCUGUCAUGAGACGUACCAAGCCGAGGGACCUGUUCUUCAGUAGUUCGAGUGGAGGUCAACUUCAAGGCUCGCAAGACCAGGACGCGCCGCCACAAUCAAAUGAAUACAUUUGGAACUCUCUCACCCAAACCCAAACUCAACCUCAGGCACAACAAGCCCAGCCCCAGCCCCAGCCCCAGCCCCGCGCAUUCAUCGAUCGACAGGCAGAUGCCACCAGGAUCUCGUGGACUGAGAGUGUCGAUGGCAACCCCGAGAGCGCACAAAGACGCCGCGAUGAAUUCACUGCCCCCACCAACAUUGGUACACGCAAGCGUCCUCGCGUGGAUUCCGAUGACGAUUCCGAUGACGAUGGCGAUUUCUUCGUCAAUGAUGACCGCACCAUCGACCCUGCAAGUCGGCGAGCACAGAAGCCCGAGCAAGCACAAACUGUACGGAGAAAUUCAAGUAACCUGUCUGCGGAUGCUCAGCUCCAACAAGGCUUGAAUGCGGCCGGCCAAACCCAACCACCUGCUUCCACACCACCAAGCUCACAAGUUGACACGACACAGGCCAUGAUGAAUGAAGCCCGUCACCGCGAACAAACCGCGCAAAGUUCCAUAAUUGGGAAACCAGCGAAGAAGAGGCCCCGCAAAAGAUGGACACCCGCGGAGGAGGACAAGCUCAUGUGGUAUAUUGAGACUACGGGUACUUCCUGGCAUAUUCCCUGGGCGGAGAUCAAAUCAAAGGACAGCUGUGCUCCGAAUCCGCUUUGGGUGGAUUUGAGUCAACCUGACAUCAAAGACAAGGCCAGGAAUAUUAGACACCGCUACAUCAGGGAGGGAAGAGAGCAUGAGCUUCAUGAUAACUGGAAGGCGGUAACGAUUGACAGCGCGGUCAGGAAGAAAUUCCCAAUCAGGGAAGGCUGGUGA